CUGACUGACUGGCUGGGCUGCACGUUGGCGUGGGGGACGUGGCGUGGCGCACGGACGAAGGAGGGGUCUUUGGGGUGAUCAGUGCGAACGAGAAGUUGGGUUCAGAGAGUGAGCUGAGCGUACGUGCGUACGGGUGGGAUGUACAAUCAGGCAGGGCGGCAAACAGUCCAGGGCAGACAAGGCAGCAGACAGACAGACACUGUACAUCACAUCACACUACUGCACUGCCCUUGUCACCUUGGGGGAGAUUAAAGAGGCAUCCUCGCGCUCCUCUCCUCUCCUCCUGACCUCUACCAACAAAGACACCUCACUGCCCACUUCUACACGCCUACACGCACCCACACACCCAUCACCACCACCACGAUGCAAGUCACACCCCUCGUCCGCUCCACCCAGGGAGCCUUCCGUCGCACUUCGAUCCUCUCCUUUGGUCCACGCUCAGCACUUCGAGCUCCCCCUGCACCCACCUCGGCCUCUGCCAGCAGCACCUCCAACAACACCACCACUAGCAACGCACCCUCUCACCAGGCUCCCGGAGCCAACACUGGAGCAGGAGCAGGAGCUACGCAGAGUGGAGCUGGAACCACCAAUGCUGCGCAGGGAAGUCCCUUUGAGCUUGGGUACAGCUCGGCUCAUGGAAAGGGCAGGCACUUGCAUGAAGAUGUCGAGUAAGGCGGGUAAAGGAGCAGAAGCGCGUUGAGCAGCGAUCAAGACUACACAGCAGGACCGUUAUCU